AUGGCCAUUCUGGCUGGCACUGCCGAGAAGAUGAAAAACUUUGCAGUCAUCUACCUGGUGGACAUCUCGGAGGUGCCGGACUUCAAUGCCAUGUACGAGCUGUACGACCCAUGCACAACCAUGUUUUUCUUCAGGAACAAGCACAUCAUGAUUGAUCUUGGUACCGGAAACAACAACAAGAUCAACUGGGCCAUGACUGACAAGCAGGAGUUUAUUGACGUGGUCGAGACUGUUUACCGCGGGGCUCGCAAAGGCAGGGGUCUCGUGGUCUCGCCCAAAGACUACUCCACCAAGUACAGGUAUUGA